GGGAAGAUGUCCUCCCCGCAGGUCUCCUCGUCCCGCAGACAGUCAUGUUAUCUGUGCGACCUGCCCCGGAUGCCCUGGGCCAUGAUCUGGGACUUCACCGAGCCCGUGUGCCGGGGCUGCGUCAACUACGAGGGCGCGGACCGGGUCGAGUUCGUCAUCGAGACCGCCCGGCACCUGAAGCGGGCGCACGGCUUCCAGGAGGGCCGGUCCUCCGCCGGCGGCCCGCAGCAGCCCGCCGUGGCCAAGAGCCAGGCGGUGCCACUGACCGGGAAGGAGCCGGUGGGGCAUCCCGUCCACCACCACCUCCAGGCGGACGCACCGACGAAGUCCCAGCAGCCCGGGUUGGACCGGUACUCGCUCGGUGCGGACAGCCGCGCUCGGUUCGACUACAGCGGACACAGCAGCCGGCUGCCCAACGGCCUCGCAGGACCGAACGGGUUCAAACCGGAUGACGGACCGCCCGAGCUCAACCGACAGAGUCCGAACUCGAGGAGCAGGAGCCACGGGGGGCCGGGCCCGGCACCGGGACAGAUCAAUGUGCCGCCGAACCUGCUGCCCCAGACCCUGCUGAACGGACCGGCCCCGCACGGCAUGGCGUGCCGAGGCGCCCCGCAGGGCUCCAUGCCCAGUGUCUCCAUGCCCGGGCAGGUGGGGAUGCCUGACCCGGCGGGGAAGCGACCGGCCUCGGUGUCCAGCACGGACCAGGAGCGGGAGCUGAAGGAGAAGCAGCGGAACGCGGAGGCUCUGGCCGAGCUGAGUGAGAGUCUCCGGAACCGGCAGGAGGAGUGGGCCAGCAAGCCGAAGGCGGUGCGGGACACGCUGCUCACUCUGUCCGGUUCGACCCCGUUCGACGUCCGCUUCAAGAAGGACCACGGGCUGGUCGGCAGGGUGUUCGCCUUCGACGCGGUGUCCAAACCCGGGUCGGACUUCGAGCUGCGGAUCUUCAUCGAGUACCCGAGCGGCUCCGGGACCGUGUUCUCCAGCGCCUCGGGGGUGGCCAAGCAGAUGUACCAGGACUGCAUGAAGGACUUCGGCCGGGGCUUGUCCUCCGGCUUCAAGUACCUGGAGUACGAGCGGAAGCACGGCUCCGGGGACUGGCGGCUGCUCGGGGAUUUAUUACCGGAGUCCCUGCGGUUUUUUAAGGAGGGUUUGGGGGGAGACAUGCUCCCCCAGCCCUACCUCGACGGCAGCUACCCGCUGCUGCCCAGCUCCCUGGUGCUGUCCGGCCGAGCGGUGGCCUCAGGCAGCGGGAGCAGCGGCUCCAGGGCCGCGGUGCGGAAGAGGAAAGCCUCCCCGGAGCCGGACCCAGCGGAGGCCGGGCUCAAGCUGGAGGAGCAGCAGAGGCAGCAGUGGAUCAACAGCCAGACCGAAGCCCUCAAGCUGUCCAUGGCUGCGGGCUCCUUCGCCGGGGCCGCUUCCUCCCUCGGGCCGGGACACCCCGGCCUCUCCGGCCGCUCCUCUCCCCCGGAGCCCGCCGCGGCUCCGCAGAACGGACAGUCCCCGAUGGCCGCGCUCAUGUCUGUCGCGGACACGCUCGGGAACGCGCAGUCCCCCAACAAGGACAGAGACUCCGUGCACUCCACCACCUCCUCCAGACACAACAGCAGCCCGGUGUCCCCCGCAUCCGUGUCCGGACAGAGGCGCCUCUCGUCCCGCAACGGAGACCUCGGGCUGCCCUCUCAGUCCGCGGGGGGCAUGGACCAGGUGCACGCUCAGAACGUGCCCGACUCCCCCAUGGCCAACAGCGGGCCCCUGUGCUGCACGAUCUGCCACGAACGGUUAGAGGACACGCAUUUCGUGCAGUGUCCCUCGGUCCCCAACCACAAGUUCUGCUUCCCCUGCUCCAGAGAGAGCAUCAAGGCCCAGGGCGCCUCCGGGGAGGUGUACUGCCCCAGCGGGGAGAAGUGCCCCCUGGUCGGCUCCAACGUGCCCUGGGCCUUCAUGCAGGGGGAGAUAGCCACCAUCCUGGCCGGAGACGUGAAGGUGAAGAAGGAGAGAGACCCCUGAGGAGCAGGAGGAGGAGGAGGAGACUUUGAACUCUUCCUCUCUGUUCCACUGCUCGAUGAACCACAGUGAGUGGCUGAGCCUCAACACUUCAUGAGUCUGUCAGGAGGGAAACAUUGACCUGGAGGUCAAUCAGCUGUGGAGCCACAGAAGGAGCCGGGCUGCAGAUAACCAGCUCAUGUGAUGGAUCCUCAUCUGAGAGAGCUGACACCUCCUCAACUCUCUGGAGGAAUGAAGCUGCUCUUUGCUCUUUAGUCAAAUCCAGUCAGAGGUGACGUCUUCAAGGAUCCAGGUUUAAAACGUUUCUGAUAAAGAAAACUGAAACUCAGAGUUAAUGAAAGAUUUAAUCAAAGCGGUUGCCUGAUUAUUUUCUACCUAAUCAUUUAAUAAUCUACCAACUAUUAUAAUAAAAUAAUAAUAAUAUCCAUUAUCAGUGACUGUGCUAUAAUUUAAAAUAGAUUCUCCAUCACCGCCUCCGACUGAACAAAUAACAAACAGAAACAAACAUCAUUUUAAACAAUCGCUCAAGCAGGUCCAUUAGUUUUCAUGAAACCUUUGUAACCUGUGCUCAAAAGGACAAAGUUCCAGGACAUCAGUCAGGUCUGAGCCCCGAGGCUCCGCGGUGUCCCUGGGGUCCAGAGCCUCCACGACCUGUAUCUGUGGCAGACGACUGCAGGUCUUAACAAACUGAACACAACUUCCCCCGGCUCAGUUAUCUUCAGAAAUAAAUGUGUUCAAAUGUUCUUAAUGAGGAGGUGACGCUCCUGCAGCUGGAGGAGGAGAUUCUCGUCUACUGAAACUCAAGUGAAACUUAAGAUGUUAGAAAUGAAAGAACGAGAAAAAGAACGACUCAGAAUCAAAUCACGUCUUUGACAAGUGACGUCACAAAUGAAAGAAUCAACGAGUUAAAGACGUUGUUCAUUGGAUCAGUGCAGAGACUCAGGGUUUCCUCUAGAAAACCGUUUUCAGGCAUGAGCACAGGAGAACAUCACCUGGACAUGUUGUGUAGUCAGUGUGAGGCAGCAGCAGGUUGUUUCUGGACAUGUUGUGUAGUUGGUGUUUGUGAAGCAGCAGCAGGUUGUCGGGUCCGACUCGUUCAAACCGGAACAUGUGUGAACAUCCAGGCGAGGGGCGGAGCCUGUAGAGCAGCAGGGGCGGAGCCUGUAGAGCAGUGUUCUUCCAGUUUCACGUCCGUCACGUGUUAGAAACCUCAUCGUCCACUCGCUCUGUGGGAAGCUCGUCAUUUACCUCACAGUUAUAACUUUUAUUAAUUAUUAACUGAAUUAUUCCCUGACCCAGUUGAAAAGGCCUGUCAGUCAUCCAUCAGGAAUCAAGAUGGCGUUUGGUUUGAUGCUCAGAAUCUGUGACUGACCGGAGAGAACUUUGAUUCUAGGGAGGUAAUGAGCACAGGUUCAAAGUGGAGAUGAAGUGAAGAGCAUUUACAGAAUAUAACUGGACUGUGUAAUGAGUGAAUAUUCAUCUCUAAAUGUUUUUUGAUUUUUUCCAUGGUCCAAAAAACACAAACCACCUGGUGUAUAAAGAGAUGAGGCUUUUCAGGGUUUGGAUGAAAUCCUUGAUGCUAGAAAGUUCAGUUUCUUCCCCCACGAGAAACCAGCAGCUGCUUCAGCUCUGCAACAGAUGAUCUAUGUUGUUUCAGAGAGAAACUGAAAUACACAUAAAGAUAAUCAAUCUGCAAAAUCAUAUUUAAAGCAAAAAUGAACUGAUUCCAGCCUCUGUUCUGGUUUCUUUCAUCCUGAGCUGAAGACGUCACCUUGGACUCUGAUUCAUUAUUGUCGGACACUUUACAGAAUAAAUGAUCAAUCGAGUAAAUGUUUUACAAUUGAAAAAUUAACACAAGUUGCCGCCCAAAACCACAAAGACAUUCAGUAAAUAGUGAACUAGAGAAUAAAUGUGGAAAUGAUCAUAAAUUGGAUAAAUUUACAUCCAGAUUUCUCAGCAACUGAUUUAUUCUCUAUUUGGCCAUGGACGUUUGUGUGAAGCACUUUGUAACCUCGUUUAGAUAAGUGCUAUACAAAUAGUUAUUAUUAUUAUUGUUAUUCUAAAAAGGAAUAUCAAUUCAUCAAAAGAAGACUAGUCCCUCCGCUGACAGAUUGAACAGAGAAGGAUUCAGAACACGUGUGUUCAGACAGAAACGUAUAAAUAUUCUACAUGUGGAUGUUUCAGAAAAAGAGUUGAAGUGUUUUCAUUGUGGUGGAGGUGACGGAGGUGUGAACAGUGAUGGUGCGAUGUUGUGUGUAAACAGAUGGUUCAGAGGGAGACAGCUCUCAGUCACAGAUUCCUCAUCACACCAUCACUUGAUUUUAUACAACCAUGUGGGUUAAAAAUUAUACGUUUUUAUUUUUUAUAGGAGUUUUAAGCUAUUUGGUUUUUUUUUUAUUAAUCUUUAUGAAUUUUCUUUUUAAACAUGGUCUUUUUUUUUUUACAAUUUCUUACUGCAAUAAAUCUUCUCUUCAGGUUUUUACGGUUUUUCUGUUCCACAUCUAAAAAUUUGAAUUGGUAAAAUGAAGCAUUAGAAUACACAGGCCCUUUUGUUUUCUAGUAUUUUCUGUUUCUGUGCCGUCAGUUGAUAAAAAGGAUAAAACAAGUGAAACACAUUUGAUCUUGUAACGUGCCUUGGAGCUGAGUCCGGUGUAAUAAAUUUCAUUGGUUUGAACCUUU